UACAAAACAUACGCUUUUCAAAUCGCAUUUCAUCUGAUACUCAACAUCAUGGCGAAGCAAUCCGAAGCAGCUGCAGCAGCCGCUGAGCAAGCCAAGCAAUCAACGUCUGGCUCCUCGUCUCAACACGUCCAAGCGGAGGCUCCACCACCGUAUUCUGGUCCUUCUCAGGUCUCCACUCGACCCUUACAGCCCUCUCAGCUUGAAUCUCAACCCGUCGCUCAUGCCUCUCAUGAACAUUGGAUACCACCUGCGAAUCUCGCACAGGCUAGAAGUCGAGCCAUGAGGAGGUUCUGGAUGGCCUUUUUCUGGGCUUGGGUCAUCUACGUCGGCUUGGCGGUCAUCCUGGGCGGAGGAAUGAGCGAUAUGCGUCAUGCUCCCAUGGGAAGACAUGGACAUUGGGACAAGCAUGGAAAGUGGCAUGAGGAUUGGAACAUUGACGUCCCGAGGCAUGAUCAUCCAGCUGAGGAGCCUAGAUGGGAUACACAUCUGAAUCUUGGCGAGAACGAGUGAAGAACAACGGGUGAAACCAUCAUCGCUCGCCUUCGACAGCAAUUUGAGUUAUCUCCUCCUGGCACUAUGCCCGUUGGACGAAGUCGCCGGUAUGUAUGGGAUGUAAGAGUGCGUGCCACCUCAGCACUUUGCGACAACGUCCUUUUGUGCAGCUGCCAAGGCUCCGGGCUGAAAAAAGACUGUCGGCAAUUAUUAGCAUCGGGAUCCUGGCGUC